AAAAGUGAUGUGAAGAUGUCAGCGCUUGUGGAACCAGCAAUGCACACUCUCCAGAUCGGUGCCAACGGAGAGAGAUCCCGCACCCCGUCUCCAAACUCUCCCAGACUCCACAACGAAAGCUGCAGCAUCGCCCCUCUGACGCCGUCCCAGUCGCCGAGGAAUGAAAUUCGGAUGCGCCAAACCACUCCUUUCUCUGUGGUGGUAGCCAUUGACUUUGGGACCACGUCCAGCGGCUACGCCUUCAGUUUUGCCAGUGACCCAGAGGCCAUCCACAUGAUGAGGAAAUGGGAAGGUGGAGACCCAGGAGUAGCCCACCAGAAGACCCCCACCAGCCUCCUCCUGACUCCAGACGGCAGUUUCCACAGCUUUGGCUACACCGCUAGGGAUUACUACCACGACCUGGAUCCCGAUGAAGCUCGCGACUGGCUGUACUUUGAGAAGUUCAAAAUGAAGAUCCACAGCACUAGCGACUUAACCAUGAAAACCGAACUGGAAGCAGUGAACGGGAAGAAGGUGCAGGCUCUGCGGGUCUUUGCUCAUGCUCUCCACUUCUUCAAGCGACAAGCACUGCAGGAACUCAAGGACCAGUGCCCAGCCUUGCCAGAGAAAGAUGCCAUCCGGUGGGUGAUCACUGUGCCGGCCAUCUGGAAACAGCCCGCCAAGCAGUUCAUGAGGGAGGCUGCCUACCUGGCUGGGCUGGUUCCUUCGGAAAACCCCGAGCAGCUCCUGAUCGCGCUGGAGCCGGAAGCGGCCUCCAUCUACUGCCGCAAACUCCGCCUCAACCAGCUGAUCGACCUGAGCUACAAGCCCCAGGCCAACGGACUCAUGUCGGAUCUGCCCAUCGAUUCCAGCUUCAGGCAGGCCCGAGAACAACUCCGCCGUUCCAGACACAGCCGCACCUUCCUGGUGGAGUCCGGAAUGGGGGAACUCUGGUCUGAGAUGCAUACAGGGGACCGCUACAUCGUGGCCGACUGUGGCGGAGGGACGGUGGAUCUGACCGUCCACCAGAUUGAGCAGCCGCAGGGGACCCUCAAGGAGCUCUACAAAGCGUCAGGAGGUCCUUAUGGGGCCGUGGGGGUGGACUUGGCCUUCGAGAAACUUCUCUGCCAGAUCUUUGGCGAGGACUUCAUUGCCACCUUCAAGGCCAAGCGCCCGGCGGCCUGGGUCGACCUGACCAUCGCGUUCGAGGCCCGCAAGCGGACGGCUGCCCCGCACCGCGCCAACUCCCUCAACAUCUCUCUGCCUUUCUCCUUCAUCGACUUUUACCGGAAGCACCGGGGACAGAACGUGGAGACGGCUCUGAAGCGCAGCAGCGUGAACCUGGUGAAGUGGUCCUCGCAAGGGAUGCUGCGCAUGUCCUCCGAAGCCAUGAACGAGCUCUUCCAGCCAACCAUCAACCAGAUUAUCACCCACAUCGGUGACCUCAUGAAGAAGCCGGACGUCAGAGGCAUCAAGUUCCUCUUCCUGGUGGGAGGCUUUGCCGAGUCCUCGAUGCUGCAGCACGCGGUCCAGUCGCCUUCAGCGCCGCCUGCCGGUCUCAUCAUCCCGCAGGACGUGGGCCUGACCAUCCUGAAAGGGGCGGUGCUCUUCGGCUUGGACCCCACCAUCGUCCGCGUGAGGCGCUCCCCUCUGACCUACGGCUUGGGGGUGCUCAACAAGUUCGUGGAGGGCAAGCACCCCAGGGAGAAGCUGCUGGUCAAGGAAGGCAAGAACUGGUGCACGGACAUCUUUGAGAAGUUCGUCUCCGUGGACCAGUCCGUGGCGCUGGGCGAGGUGGUGCAGAGGAGCUACUGCCCCGCGCGGGUCGUGCAGCGGAAGAUCAUCAUCAACAUCUACUGCUGUGGCACCGACGACGUGGUCUACAUCACCGACCCCGGGGUGAGGAAAUGCGGUACCAACCUGGACUUGGAUGAGUUGGAGGAGCCCAGCUCUCCAAAGAAGAGCCGGAGGGAGAUCAGAGCCAGCAUGCUUGGAGACACGGAGAUUAAGGUGGCAGCCAUGGACGUCCAAACGUCCAAGACCGUGAGAGCUUCUAUCGAUUUCCUUUCCAACUGAUGCCCUGGACUUCUGAGGCCUUGGAGGAGGAGGAAGAAGAAGGGGUGUGGCUAAGGU